AUGGAAGAGGACCAGGCAAAACUUCAGGCCCUGUCCGAAACGCUGCAGAAGUUCCAGGACGACCUGCAAACCACCAUCGACGCUCGCCAGAAACUAGAAGCCCAGCAACAGGAAAACAAGGCCGUGCAGAAAGAAUUUGUCUCUCUCGCCGAUGAUGCCGGCAUCUACAAGCUCGUGGGCCCUGUGUUACUGAAACAGGACAAGACCGAGGCCGUGAGCGCAGUCGAGGGCCGGCUGGAGUUUAUCGGCAAGGAAAUUUCCCGGAUAGAGGGGAGGAUCCAAGAGUUGCAAGAAGGAAGUGAGAAGAAGAGGGUGGAGUUGUUACAGGUGCAACAGAAAUUGCAACUGGCCGCGCAGCAGCAAGCUGGUGGGUGA